AUGACGGCCCUGGCGACCGCGCAGCUGGCUUCUGCGCUGCCGCGGGGUCCCUCCCACCACCGACGCGCCACUGGUGGCGCGCCCUCCACGGACGGCGUCAAGUUCUCCCUUAACGGCGCAACGGACUACUUCGCUGGCUCGAACGCCUACUGGCUCGGAUUCCAGCAGGAUCCCGCCGACGUCGACCUGGUGUUCGACCACCUGAAGGAGUCCGGGCUCAAGGUGCUCCGCGUGUGGGGCUUCAACGACGUCAACGAGAAGCCCGGCGAAGGCGAGGCCUGGUUCCAGCUUCACGCGGACGGCACCUCCAAGAUCAACACGGGCGCCGACGGCCUGGAGCGUCUUGACACCGUAGUCGCCUCCGCUGAGAAGCACGGCAUCAAGCUGAUCAUCCCCUUCAUCAACUACUGGACCGACUACGGCGGAAUGGCCGCCUACGCCAAGGCCUACGGUGGCAGCACCAGCGAGGACUUCUACGGCAACGAGAAGGCCCAAGCCGCGUACAAGACGUACAUCAAGGCUGUCGUCAGCCGCUACAGCAACUCCAGCGGAAUCUUCGCGUGGGAGCUCGCCAAUGAGCCCCGCUGCAAGCAGUGCGAGACCUCCGUCCUGACCGGCUGGAUCACCGAAACCAGCAAGUACAUCAAGAGCCUGGACUCGCAGCACAUGGUUGCUAUUGGUGAUGAGGGCUUCGGUCUCAAGACCCAAUCCGACGGCUCCUACCCCUUCGGCUUCGACGAGGGCUCCGACUUCGCGAAGAACCUGGCUAUUGACACCAUCGACUUUGGCACCUUCCACCUGUAUCCUGAUUCCUGGGGCACCGACAACGAGUGGGGCAACCUGUGGAUCAAGGCCCACGGCGCCGCCUGUAUGGCCGCGAACAAGCCGUGCCUAUUCGAAGAGUACGGCGCGACCUCGGACCAGUGCACGAUCGAGAAGCCGUGGCAGCAGACUGCGCUGAAGACGGAGGGCCUCUCGGGCGAUCUCUUCUGGCAAUUCGGUGACAAGCUCUCGUCGGGCCAGUCCCCUGACGAUCAGAACACGCUGUACUUCGGCUCAGAGGAGUACGAGUGUCUGGUUACCGACCAUGUGAAGGAGAUCGGAGCGAAGUCGUUGGCCAAGCGCUUUCCCCACAUCCGCCAUGAGUAG